GCUGGACCUCCUCAUUUUUCUCCUCUUUCUCUGCUGCAACACGAACACCUCAGCCUUUCCCGUUCUACCACCACCUCGUCGUCAUCUUCUCUCCUUUCUUCUCCUCCUCCUCCCACCCCGUGUGAUUAGAUACUCUCUAUAUUUUUUUUCUCUCUAAUUCUCACGGAGAAUUCCACCACGCCAUGGACGAUGGUUUCUCCGACGUAUCCGAGCUGAGCUCGCCGCCAGCGUCACCGACACCACCGCCGGGGUUCUAUCCCUCGCCGCCUCCGUCGCAGGACACAGACGAGUCCAGCGGCACCCGCAGCCAAGACCGAGACGACUUGCCGCCCGCAAGAAAAAAAACGACGGGUCGCCGCCCCCAAGGAACGCCGAACACAACGUCUCGAUCUCUCCACCGGCGCCGGACUGUCCUAUACUGAACAGCAGGCGCAGAUCGAUCUGCUCACUAAGACCCUUCGUCGGCACCGCAAAAUUGUCGUCAUCGCUGGAGCGGGCAUCUCCACCUCGGCCGGCAUUCCCGACUUCCGCUCCACCGAUGGGCUCUUCAAAUCUCUACAGAAAAAACACAACCUCAAAGCGUCGGGGAAACUCCUCUUCGAUGCGGCCGUCUAUCAAGAUGAAGCACUAACCGCCUCUUUCCAAGACAUGGUGCGGUCGCUGUCCGAAGAGGCUGCCAAGACCUCCCCCACGGCUUUUCACCACAUGCUGGCGCGCCUCAGCCAAGAAAAUCGUCUGACCCGUCUGUACACCCAGAACAUCGAUGGCAUUGAGACGUCGAUGCCUCCCUUGGCCACUCAGAUCCCAUUGAAUGUGAAGGCCCCGUGGCCCCGCACGAUCCAGCUGCACGGAAGCCUGGAGAAGAUGGUAUGCCAGAAAUGUCGUCAUCUCGGCGACUUCGAUGGUGCCAUGUUCGACCGUCCAGAUGCGCCGGAAUGUCCAGAGUGCGCAAGGAACAACCAAUUCCGCGUCGAGACGGGCCAGCGCAGUCAUGGCAUCGGUAAAAUGCGGCCCCGGAUCGUGCUGUACAACGAACACAAUCCGGAUGAGGAAGCCAUUACCUCGGUCAUGAAUGCCGAUGUACGCUCGCGCCCGGACGCGCUGAUCGUGGUGGGCACGAGUCUAAAGAUCCCCGGCGUGCGGCGCCUGGUGAAGAGUCUUUGUUCCGUGAUCCGGAGUCGCCGAAACGGAGUGACCAUGUGGAUCAACAAUGAACCUCCGGCCGGCAAAGAGUUUGAAGAUUGCUGGGACUUGAUGGUCAAGGGGGACUGCGAGGAAGUGGCGCGGCUGGCCGCCCUGAAACGCUGGGAUGACCACUCCGAGAAUGUAUUCGACGAAUACGCCGAAGAAGAAGCAAAAGACUCAAACGGGUUUCCUCACGCCUUCAUCCAGCCACGACGAAGAGGCUUCCCAGUUGCCAAAGAAGGGCCCGGCCAAAUCUCGGUCCAAUCCCGCCAGUCGCGGGCGCAGCUCCAGGAUGUACUCAAAGCGUCAAAGACCGCAGAGCCCAAGAAGCCAGCUGCAAAGAAAAGUGCGCCUCGCAAGAAGACCAAGAAAGACGAGCCGGCCAAGAAUUCCCGCAUCACCACCUUCAGCAAGGUUACCAAGGCGCAGAAGGUCGCGACCGACACGGAAAAGGCGGUCAAGCUGGAGAAAGAGGAAAACAAGCCAAUGCACCCACUGCCCCCCGGCGCUGCUCGCAACAAUGGCCCAAUGUUUCCUCAGUUGGCUGAGAAGGGAGAAGAAACCCCCCAACGCAGCAGUCGUUGGCGCCAACCGGACACAAUCUCCCCCAAAUCGGUUCCGAAUGGGAUGAGCCAGUUGUUAAAUCAGCCGGCCGCAUGA